AGCUGAACUACUUGAACUCAAGCGUGCAUAUGACUUACUGAAACGCUAAGAACGCAGCUUUCCAAGGGUUUCGUCUCCUGGCUUCGCGCUUUUUAUACGCGCUUGUAGCGCUUAAACACUAGGCGCGUAUACGUGUUACACUAAAUACCCUUUUAGCUUUGCUGUUCUUAAAAGACCAGUUAUUCCUGUGCCAGCGUGGCGAUGAAGAGCGCGCUCAGGACUCGCUCUUUGGCCCGUCACAGCGCUGCGAAGACCGCUUCCCUUAAUGCACUCAGGCUCGUCCACACGAAAGCGCGGCAGCGGGUCCAACCUGUGGUAUGCCAGGCUGUAAGGUUUCCGGCAGCCUUGCCACUGCUGCCAUUCACCGCGAAGGAGCUCUUAGCACCAGGCAGCUGCAAAGUCCUCCGCCUUAACGAUAGCACCACCACCACCACCAGCAACAUUAGCAGCGGCAGCAGCAACAGCAGCAGCAGCAGCUAUGCGCUGCUCCUGGAAGAGCUCCUCAGCUCGCCACACCGGAUGCUCGUACACACGGCGGUUGACAACAGCGGGCGGGUGGCGGCGGGCAGCAGGCUGGGUGGCUACGAGGCGGGGGGCUGCGUCUUCUACCUCUCCUCGAUCGUCAAGGUUAUCGACGUGAAGCAGACGGACCGCGGAGUGCUGCUGCGGGUGCAGUCCGAGGGACGGGUUGCCGUACGCUCGCUCGUCCAGACGCGGCCGUACUUUCGUGCGGUUGUCGUACCCGUCACGGACACGGUGGACCUGGACCGCAUGCAGGCCGCCACCUGGCGGGACAUUUGCUACUCGGUGGAGCGACUGAGGGCUCUCAUGCGGGACAUUCAAAACCUGGCGGCCAAGUUCAAGAGCCCGGAAACCGCCAACCUCCAACGCUCCAUGCACUGGGUUGACAACCCCAACCCGCUCGUCUUCUCCUCCUCCUCCAUGCUCCUGAACAGCCGUACGACACCUGUGUACAGUACGUCAGCAAACCGCACCAACAGCAGCAGCAAUAGCAAUACUGCCACCACCUCUUCGCUGCCCUCCUCACCCAUCGCCUCUCUGGAAGAUUUCCAACCCAGCAAAAUCCUUGCAUCUCAGAUCCAACCCGACGACUUCCUGGCAACAGAAUCUGCGUACGGCGGCGACAUCGCGGAUUCCAUGCUCGCUUCCGCGGCUUCUGGAUCCGAAUCCGAAUCCGAUGCGCAGUACGCCGCCGCGGCAGCGGCGGGUGCUGAACCCCGUGCAUCAGCAACGACAACAUCAUCAUCCACUCCCUCCUCCUCCUCCUCCUCCCCCUCCUCAUCUUCUUCCUCUGUAAAAUCAUCAUCGACGGGGCUUCCAGGGGCAGCCGCGGGCAAUCUGGCGGCCGCAGCGGCAGCGGUGUUGGGCGGGGGCGGCGGCGGCGCGUUGGGCGGGGCAGUGAUUCGUUCGCGUCCCAGCUUGUUGGAUCUGGAGCGGGCAUGUCGGUUGUCGCUCGCUGCCAUUCAGCCGCUGCCGACGGCAACGCAGGAGGAGCGUGAGGCCCUCCUGAGGUGGCAGGAGGAGGCGCUGGAGACGCAGGACGUGUUGCAGCGGCUGCAGCUGGCCUGCCGGGUGAUGGGUGAGUCCCGGGCGCUGCUGGCGGCCAAGUGCGCCCUGAUGGCGCUGUCAACCGCGGGCUGAUACCUCGAUACGGCUGCCUGUGGCGGCUUGACGGUCAACUGCUGCCGACGGCUGCAUAAAGGGAGGUAAGAGAUGUCACCCAUGGGGGGCCAGAGAGAGGAAAUGUAGCGCUCAAGCCUGUUUUGGUGGUAGGAAGAAUGCGAUGAGGGGUAGUUUGGUGCGUUGCAAGGAGGGAAGGUGGAAGGAGGUGGGCGUGAGGCGCUUGUUGCUGUACGGUUGUGGUGAUGUUGCGGGGCUGUAGGUUGAGAGGUGUAACGGUUGGCGGUUGGGAUUGCGUUGGGAGUUGGCUUUUUAUUUGUUUGGUUGGGUUGUGGGUUGUUAGUUACUGCUUGUACGAGAAUUAGGUGUAAUCGGUUGUUUAUCUGUACCAAAAGUGAAAGAGAGAAGAAGAUGGUAAAGCGAAACACAUAUUCCAACGAUUUUGUUUGAUUUGUUUUUUGCUGCUGCUGCUGUUUCGUUUGUUGAAAAAGUUUUAUUCUGUGGCAUCUGUCAUUGUCUGUCACAGAAAGUAUUGAUGCUACAACACCUUUUGGUCGACGAGCUGAGGCUCUAAUCUGCGUGUGAGGUGGGUCGUUGUUAGGACGAAGAAUGGAACGCAAAUAUCUUGAUCGAGCCGACCAGGGCGGAUAAGGACGUGCAGAAACGGGUCACAUGCACAAACCGGCGACCCCGCACAUGCACGAGAGCUAUGCACAACAUGCUUUAGCGCUAGCGGUUAGCGCCUUUGUACGGUUUUGUACUGCUGCUGCGUUUGAAGGACAUGUUGGGGGCGUAGCGGGGUCAUGCCGGGGUUGUCGUUUAGUAAGCU